CUACGCCGGAAAGCUGCAGCGGGCGAGGGUGGUACGGUUGGCCAUGGUCGACUACCCCCUCUUUUUGCUUCAGGUCCUGUUCUUCGUCCUCAUCUCGGUGGCGCAGAUCGUCACGUACUUCCAGUACUUGCAUUGGUGCUGUCCGAGCAGCGCGAAGGAAGUCGAGGACUACCUUCGCUUCGUCGACAAGCUCGUCCUUGCGGUGGAACGCAAGCGCGAGUUCUGGCGCAACGUAUCGUUCGUGCUCGUCAGUUUCAACGGACUGUCGCUUGUAGCGAGCGUAGUGAUUCAGAUGCUGGUCUGCCUCCCCGUCAGCUUUUUGCACAGUCCCUGGAAGAUACCGUUCAUCUACGUGGCCGGAGCGUUCACCGCCGCUCAACUGAACGUCAUCUGCGGCUAUUGCUUCACCGUCGGGGCCUCACCGGCUCUCUACUCAGUACUUUGGGCGCACGUGGUCGACGUCCUAGUCAACCGCUCCCAGUUCGGCAAAGUGGUUGGACGCGUCGCCAUGGUCCUCCUCUUCACUGCUGCCGACGCGCUUCAGGCGUACUACCUGAAUCGCCUGCAGAGUAUAGGCACUCUGCCUCACCUUAUCGGUGUCGUGAUUGGCUGCACAAUGGGCAUCGUGAUCCUGCGCAAGAACCGGGGCCAGAAAUGGGAGAAGUGGGUUUAUGGCAUAAUCAAAUACCUUCACUGGGCAGUGAUCCUUCUUUCACUUUGGCAGGCUACAAGGGGAUCGACGUAUUAGGACGUAUGUAAGGAGAGGUUGCCAAUGGUGCAAAAAAAGAAAUAGAGGAACUAUGAUUUUUUUAAAGCUCGUAAAGAAGUACUGACUACAAGUGCACAACUUUUGAGUAGUUUGCCGUGAAGUUUUGGUGCUCAAACAGUGGCUCCUUUGCAACCAUAGUGCUAAGUCAAUCACAAAGCGUGGUAGGAUUUCGCUAGAUGCUAACAAGCCUAUUGCAAUUUCAAUGGACUACGUCACGAAGAGCGGUUCAAUGCAAUCAGAGGUCUCUACGUGGCUGCGACGAGGACGCUCCACCCACCUUUUCAGCACAGUUUGCGUGGAGAAUAAUUCUCAUGCGCCCAGGUUGCACUGUCAAGCGCAGUGCCGCAGAUUUCGCAUAUGAUCCACAUGAAACGUUACAGAAUGCUUAUUAAAGUAUACUUGGUUAAUAUCGAAAUGAGGAGACAAAUCAACAAACGCUUUCGUUAGGGGGCGGAAAGAAACGCGGGCAUCAUUUACCGUAGUCGGAGCUCAGAACAACGUACCUAGGAAUGAGCGGUAAGUCCAAUUUAAGAUUACAUUACAUUCACAGCAUGCGCAGCAUUACAGGAUAAGCACAAUAGAGUAAAGGUUUAUUCCGAACUCGUUGGGCGCCGGAGCUUUCAUGGUCCACAAGUAUAAAAGAAGCAUCAGGGAGGCACUGCAUUUCCCAAUAUAGCCGCGUAAACAAGCAUGUCGAUCUUCCACAAAGAUCGGAAGUGAUUCGAAAGGGCAUUCCUUUUUUAUUGAAACAGACAGGCCUUAUAUUUUUGAACUUGGGGAAACGCGAUAUACCAGCCCGCAUCCCAUGUAUAUGCAUGUUGUUAAGAUAAGAUGUGCGAACAUCUCAGGGAGCCGUUCUAGAAUACUGAAGCUUGUCGGGUCAGUAUAGCGCCUGUCGUAAAUAGUUGAGCAGCGCUGCAGAACGCAACACCCAAGAAAAAAAUAAUAGUAACAGAGACAGACAAAGGAGCACCCACGUAGCUUAUCGACGCUUAUAAAUUGGUGAUGAACGUGUCCUCACUUGCCCAGUCAUGCUUGCUUCUGACCAUAAAACUUCGAGCUCAAGUGUUUUAACGUAAUGCCUGCGCUGUUUUUGACUACUGUGUACCUUGGUGUUCAGAGCUGCUUACACACCUGAGGUAAUGAGUAACUGUUAUUGUGUUAGUAGACGUUGCUUGGAGAGGUAGUAGCCUUGUCAUGGUAAAUGCAAGAAAAGGUGCUUUAUUGGGAGCAACUCAGAGGCUAACCAUAACGGCUAAUGUAGUGUAUUUAGAAUAGUCAAAAGGCAACACACACGAGUGCAGGUAAUUGUUGUUAGAGAAGAGCGUCAGACAGUCUAUCUAUCAAUUAAUGAACUGAUGGAUGGUUUAUAUUACUACAUUGUUUAGCAAAAGUGGCAUUUGUGACUUUUUAUAGUGUAUGUUAGUGCACUCGACAAAGUGCUAACCUUCAUUCUUCUAUUAGAGCUUAUUGUGCCCUGUUCGAGUAUUGUCUCAUUUAUACAAAUGUAUAAAAAGAAACAUUAUUUAACACCCAGUUCUCUCUACUGAAAGCGCUUUCAGCAUUCCACUUGCAGUUUUUGUGCAUGUGUUUGUUCAUGAUGAUGCCUCGCCUGUGUGCUUGUAACAUGCGGCACCACAUUGUGAAAAAAAAAUAAAGAGUUCUUUCAUUUGAAC